AUAAUACAUUCCUCACAAAGAAAUCCCAACCUGGCAUGGAUCUAGUCUGACGAAGCAGCCAUUUCAAAGCGCAGAGGAGAUAAAGAAACCGCGGGAAUUUUUGUAUACAUUUUUAAAUAUUUCUAAUAUAUUUUAUUUUAUUGGGAAGUAGGGGGAUUAUAUUACUUUUUGAAUCUACCUCGCCUGCACAAACAAGCGAAAUGGAUGCAGACACAGAAAAAACAAUGACUGAAACCUCCAAGACUUCCACGGCUGAAUCUGAAAAAUCUGUAACUGAAAACAAAUCCAGGGGUCGUGGGUCCAAAGGCCGUGGUCGAGGGGGUCGGAUGAGUCGUGGUAGCAUGCGUGGUGGGCGGGGCAUGCUGAAGGGGUUUGGUCCACCUGGGCCCGGAAGGGGUCGAAUGAAGAAUGGAUCCAUGAAUGGACUGGCACCCAUGAGGGGCAUCAGGACGAUGCGACCUUACCCAGACCUCAGAGGUCAUGGAGGUAGGGGUGGGCCAAUGGGUAUGGGCCCUCCUCCUCCCCCUCCCCCACACCUCAGAGGCCCCUUCCCACCCAGGCAUGGACCCCCGCCACCUCUUCCUCCUCUGGGCUUUCCUGGUUUCAGAGGGCGUCCACCUCACCCUCGAGGCCGUGGCAUGAUGCCACCUGGACCUCCCCGCCACUUCCACCCCCGUGGCCCAAGAGGCUACCACAAUGGACCAGUCUCUCCUCCGCCUCACCCCCCACCUGGCAGAGGCCAGAGGUGGCCAGGGCCCCCUGGUGGCCGACGCUUUUAACACAGCCUGCCCUAAAAAUAAUAACCAAUCACUGGCUAUUGUAGAAGGGCUUAAAGUGUUGCAAUGAAAAGCCCCAGUAUUAUGUGUUAUACAAAGUCUUUGAGUAUUCUUAUGACAUACUCUGUGGCCAAAUGUCUGGUUAUUGAUAUUGUCUACUGGCAAAGAAAUAAUGUGAAAAAUGGCUAAUGACAACCUAGGACACAUAAAAUGCCUCACAACUUAAUGUAACGGCAUUCUCACAUUCUGUUACCUAUAAAUAAUGUUGGUACUGUAGGAACUAUUUGACUUUGUUAAAAAAGUUGUUAAAACAAGAUGGAAAGCUCUGUUUUAAAAGGAAGGAAAAUUCUUGUCAAAGUUCAUUAAAUGUUUUGUGGUCCUUGUUACGGUCACCCUGUCAGCCUUAAGAAAUUUUCCUGAUUCUUAAUAAAGAAUAAAAACAUG